AUGGACGUUGACAACACAUCCGGUACGUUUGCGCGACCUAUAUCGUGUUGUCGUGACUCCCACGACCAUUGUAACUGACUUGGUCCCCCGCCGCGCCCCCGCUUGCAGACGGCGUCGAACGCAAGGGUCGGGGAUUUGCGAGUCGACCGGCUGGUAUGUACGAAUGUGGCUUGGGGAGGUGUGGUUGAGGAGUCGGGGGAUGUAGGACCCACGUGCUCGUGAUGAUCGAGGCUCCCGUCGUGGUCGUCCUCAACUCGCCUCGAGGACGGUGCACCUCCCCUCACCACGACGACGACUCUGCAUCACACCACUGUGUUCCCAACGAACUGAUGUCUUGCCCCCCUCUCACUGCCAAUAGAUACGGACGUGGGUGUCGUGGCAGGGUAUGAGACCAUCCGCGCGGAUCGAAGUUCUGCCGACCGAGCCCAACGAUGUACGUCACACACACACUACACCCCAACGUCGAAGUACAUCACAAACUAAUUACCGUCGUGGUUCUAUUACCUUUGUAUGACGUCUUACUACCACUCGCGAACUCUCCCUCCCCUCCUGCUUCCCCUCGACGACACACCCCACCCCUCUAAAACCCCCUCCCUCCCUUUCGACCAACCAGCUAUCGAAGGAUGGAUCAUCAUCGUGCGCAACCUCCACGAAGAAGCGACCGAAGAGGACCUGCAAGACAAGUUCGGCGAAUACGGCGAGAUCAGGAACCUGCACCUCAACUUGGACCGAAGGACCGGAUUCGUAAAAGUACGUCUCUUUGCACCCUAGGACGGGGUGGGGAGAAGGGGGGGACCAGGAACUGAUUUUCGAUUGAUUGGUUCGUUUGGUGGGUAGGGUUACGCGCUGAUCGAAUACGCAGAGAAGAAGGAAGCGCUCGACGCGAUCAAGUCGGCUUCGGGGACCGAGUUGCUCGAGAUGGAGUUGAACGUCGAUUUCGCGUUCAGUCAACCCCCUGCUAGGUACAUCACCCGAAGAGAUUGGCUACUUACGAAUGUGGGGAUGAUGAACUGA